UUUGUGUGUAUUACAAAUUACAUUAAGUUUUUAUAUACUUAAUGUAUUAGUUGAAAAUCAUUCGAAGCGUAAGUUAUACACAAAAUGGUUGAUGAUAUCCGGCGUCAUAUUUAUUCCCCUCAUCCAGGGGGUUAUUCUCAUACCAAACAAGAACAGUAUAACCAAUAUCUUCGUAAACUUCAUCAAGAUUUUAUUGAGUCCUGGAAUGAGAAGUUAGAAGUCAAUGAUAAAUUAAGUGAAUUUGAAAAGAGCAGAGUUCUUGGCACAGGAGCAUUUGGUGUAGUUUAUCUAGUAAAGCACAUCAACAGUGGUAAAUACUAUGCUAUGAAAAUGCUAGAAAAAGAAAAAAUUGUAAAACUGAAGCAAAUUGAGCACAGCUUUUAUGAAAAAAAAAUCUUAAGCGGACUCAAUUUUCCAUUCGUAGUUUUCAUGAAAUACUUUUUCAAAGAUAAUGUGUACUUGUAUUACAUUUUACCGUUUAUACCUGGAGGUGAAAUGUUCUCGCACCUGCGCAGAAUGGGAAAGUUUGAAGAGUCGUCUUCAAAAUUUUAUGGAGCUCAAGUUAUUUUAGCUUUAGAAUACCUUCACGCUUGCGAGUUAGUAUAUCGUGACUUAAAACCAGAAAAUAUUUUAAUAGAUAGAACUGGCUAUAUCAAAAUAACCGAUUUUGGUUUCUGCAAACUGAUCCGGGGAAGAACUUGGACUCUUUGCGGUACACCGGAAUAUCUAGCACCAGAAAUUAUACUUAGUAAAGGCUAUGGAAUGUCAGUAGAUUGGUGGUCUCUAGGUGUUCUUCUUUUUGAAAUGAGUGCUGGUCAUCCUCCAUUUUAUGCUUCAGAUCCAAUGAGAAUAUACGAAAAAAUUGUAUCUGGGAAAUACCGUUGUCCAUCACAUUUUUCUACUGAAUUGAAAGAUUUAGUCUCACAUAUUCUUCAAAUUGAUAUAACUCGUCGAUACGGUAAUCUUAAGGAUGGUAUUUUGGAUUUUAAAAACCAUAAAUGGUUUCGAGAAAUAGACUGGGACAAUUUAUUAAAUAGUCGAGUCCAUCCACCUUUUAUACCUAAGAUUCGUUCACCAGGAGAUACUACAAACUUUGACAUAUUUGAUGAGGAAAAAAUUAAAGAAAGCCCAGUUUGUCUAUAUGAAGAAGAGUUUAUUGAUUUUUAAUAUUCUUUUUCAUUAAUUACUUUGAUUGCACAAGUAAUGCUGAACAUAAGAAAAUGUAUAUUUAAUUUAACUGUAAGAAAGUGUUAAGUUAUGUGA